AUGCGGCCUGCGCUAAGUCGCAUACCGUUGCGCUUAGUAUUUUCCUAUAUCCUGGACUGGAUCUUCAUAGUCAUCGUUGCGGUGAUAGGAUUUGGCUUUCACAAGGUCAAACCAAACCAUAGACCUUUCUCCCUAACCGACCCAAGCAUUUCUUUUCCGUAUACGGAGCAUGAAACAGUCUCAACCGCUGUCCUAGUGGUGGUGGCUCUGAUUGCUCCGGCUGUCAUUAUUGUGAUCACAGCCCUGCUUAUCCCCAUCUCCACAAAAGACCAGAAUGUGUCUCGAUCAUCACUCUGGAGAUACAAGUUAUGGGAAUGGAAUGCAGGGUGGAUGGGUUUGGCGGUCGCUUGUGCAUGGGCGUGGAUGGCGACCGAGGGUUUGAAGGACUUAUAUGGCAGGCCACGACCCGACAUGCUUGCGCGUUGUAACCCGGAUCUCUCGAAUAUAGCCACUUAUGCUGUCGGUGGCCUGGGAGAGAAGCUUGCGGGGGCCCCCACACUGGUGACUUGGAAGAUAUGCCAAAACAAGUCAAAAGUACUUGCAAAUGACGGAUUUGCAAGUUUCCCCAGCGGCCAUUCAUCUUUUUCUUUUGCCGGUUUGACAUACUUGACUUUAUGGCUGUGUUCAAAGCUCUCAAUCGCAUUUCCAUACCUCGGACACUCUUUGUUGAACCAAAAUCCGAUUGGCCCGAUACAUGGAUCAAUUCGAAAGCGUGGAGCAGCCCCGCCGGUCUAUAUGCUUGUAAUCGCCUUUGUGCCUAUUGCAGUUGCCAGCUUCAUUGGCGCGUCCCGCUGGUUCGACUAUCGUCAUCACGCUUUUGACAUUCUAUUUAGCAGUAUCAUGGGCGCUAUAUUUGCAUGGAUCGGGUUUCGAAUGUACCAUCUCCCUAUCACGCGAGGCGAAGGGUGGUCUUGGGCGGCAAGAAGUCGGAGACAUGCGUUCUUCAAGUGUCCCAGAUUCCCAAUUGAGGCAGAUGGACGCCCGCCAAUUGAUACGCACGACACUCGAAAGACAACACGGCAGGAUACUGAUGUCGAGAGGGCAGCUGAGAAUCUGGUGUAA